GCUCUUGUUCCGAAAAGCCAGCCUUCUGUCGCAUGAUGUCCCAGUUCGGACUUCUGCCCGGGAGGGCCUGGGCUGCGCUGCUCAGCCCGCUCCUGCGGUCGCCGUACACACUGUGCACCUCGGCAGUCCGUUCUCAUAGUCAGGUUGCAGAGGCAGUGUUAACGUCUCAACUGAAACCAGAUCAAGAGAAAUCAAAUUUUAUUCUCAAGACUCCAAAGGGCACCAGGGAUCUUAGUCCCCAGCAGAUGGUUAUACGGGAGAAAAUUCUUGAUAAAGUAGUCAGCUGCUUUAAACGGCAUGGAGCAAAGGGGUUAGAUACUCCAGCAUUUGAGUUGAAGGAAAUGCUUACUGAGAAGUAUGGAGAGGAAUCUGGACUAAUUUAUGAUCUGAAAGAUCAAGGUGGAGAACUCUUGUCUCUUCGCUAUGACCUUACUGUACCCUUUGCUCGCUAUCUGGCUAUGAAUAAAGUAAAGAAGAUGAAGCGAUAUCAUGUUGGAAAAGUGUGGCGGCGGGAGAGCCCCACCAUCCUUCAAGGCCGUUAUAGGGAGUUCUGCCAGUGUGAUUUUGACAUUGCUGGUCACUUUGACCCUAUGAUCCCUGAUGCAGAAUGUUUGAAGAUUAUGUGUGAAAUAUUAAGUGGAUUACAGUUGGGGGACUUCCUUAUUAAGGUCAAUGACCGGCGGAUUGUAGACGGGAUAUUUGCUGCCUGUGGUGUUCCUGAAAGCAAGUUCCGAACUAUCUGCUCCUCAAUAGAUAAACUAGACAAGAUGUCUUGGGAACAUGUGAGACUUGAGAUGGUGACAGAAAAGAGCCUGGCACCUGAUGUAGCUGAUAGAAUUGGAGAUUACGUCCAACUUCAUGGUGGGUUGUCCCUGCUAGAUCAGCUGUUCCAAGACCCCAGAUUAACUCAGAACAAGCAAGUGCUAGAGGGCCUGGGGGACCUGAAGCUGCUCUUUGAAUAUCUGACUCUCUUUGGAAUUUCUGAGAAGAUCUCCUUUGAUCUAAGCCUAGCCCGGGGCCUUGACUACUACACAGGAGUUAUCUAUGAAGCAGUGCUGCUACAAAGCCCAGAUCAGGCUGCAGAGAAGCCCCUGAGCUUAGGCACUGUGGCUGCUGGUGGGCGCUAUGAUGACCUGGUGGGCAUGUUUGACCCCAAGGGCCACAAGGUGCCAUGUGUGGGACUCAGCAUUGGAGUGGAACGGAUCUUCUCUAUUGUGGAGCAAAGAAUGAAGGCUUUCGGUGAGACGGUACGGACCACUGAGACCCAAGUAUUUGUAGCCACACCACAGAAGAACUUUCUCCAAGAACGAUUGAAGCUAAUUGCAGAGCUCUGGGAUGCUGGGAUCAAGGCUGAACUGCUGUACAAGAACAACCCCAAACUAUUAACCCAGUUGCACUACUGUGAAGACAUGGGCAUUCCAUUGAUGGUCAUUAUUGGUGAGCAAGAAAUGAAAGAUGGAGUCAUCACACUUCGUUCAGUGGCCAGCAGAAAGGAGGUGGCCAUUAAAAGACAAUAUCUUGUGGCUGAAAUUCAGAAGCAACUCUCUGAUUCUUGA